AUGACGUCUUGUGACUUGUUCAGAUUUAUACGGACACACAAAAAACAAAUAUCAACAGUGGACGAGAAAACUGUUCGGGUAGAUUUCUUAACAUUGAGUUUGUACAACGAGGGUGUAGAUUUGCGUCAAAAAAUAGACACGCUUGAAAAUAACUUGAAGCAGUUAACUUUGAAAAGAAAUGCGUUACUUGAACAAUCUACUGAUGAUUAUGAAUUCGACCGUGUUGACCACCACGGAGCGAAUCAAUAUCUCCAUCAGCUUAUUAUGGUACUGCGAAAAUGGUUAACUGAGGUGCGAGGUACCCUCAACGUCACCUUCCUGGAAGCUGUGGCUCAGAAUGAGGAAAUAGAAAGGUUGAAAGCCGAAAUAAGGGAAGGACAUAACAAAGUUCACUCGCUCAAAGUUUUCAUGAAAAGUCAACAAAACGGAUCUUGGAAUGACAAGAAAAAUGACACUUCCGAAGAUGAGAAUUCUCUUCCGACUAGCUGCCUGUAUUGCAACGGAGAUUCCAAAAGAAAAUACGCUAUGCUUGGGGCUGAUAAAGGAAUUCGUCUAGCAAGUGCUGAAUUGAAAAACAUAAAAAUUUCGCUGGCCAAUAUAAAACUUUUGAUGAACCAAACAGAAGAGCAGUGUUUACAAAAAUUAUCGCAUUUAGCCACGAGAGUAGAAUAUCUCAAUUUGAAGUUAAAUUCAUUUUCAGGAACGUGA